AUGUUCAACUUUUUAACCCGCACGAACGAAAUUUCUAUUGUUUUAUCGGGAAUAUUAGUUAAUUGUAAAUGCUUUCAAAGGAGUAUGCCUUGCUUUCUGAUUAGAAAAAUUGAUACAGCAAUUCAUUUAUUCAUCAUAAUGAAAUUGAUUUUAAUCACUUUUGGAUUAUUUCCUGUUUCAACUUCACAGAAUAAUUUGAAUUCAUUACAAUAUUUUUCAACAAAUUGUUCCAUAUUAUUAGAUGAAACACAAUUUAUACUUAAUUGGACAAAAGAUUCACAUUCACUAACGGAUUUUAAUAAACAAAUUGCCAAAUAUCUCAACUCAAUUUCACCUAAACCAACCAUCUGUUUUCUAUGUACUAACAACUCAACGUAUAUUAUUAUUUCUAACAAUUAUGGUAUAUUGAGACAAAUGAACCAGCAUUGUGAACAAAUAAUAAGCCAUGAAGCAUUUAAGAAAAUUGUGGAGUCUAUGAAUUCAUUCGAAGAACAAAUGAUAUCACUUAGUGAUGAAAAUUAUUUAACAGCUAUUUUUUAUGACCCUACUCUUGUCAAUUAUACAAUCUUCACAAAGAAUUACUGCAUGUCUGAUAAUUUACCUGAGGUUCGUAGUUUAUUUGACCAAAUUGACUGUACCAAUACUGCUACCGAUCCCCAUCAUUAUAAAAUACCUUUAUUUAUGGUACAAUCUGAAAUUAAAUCAAAUAAUAUGUGUUUAUUUUGCUAUUGUAUUCAAAAACAUACCACAUAUACCAUUCAAAUAAAAAACAUUACAUUUACAACUGUUCUUCUACUUGUCAAUUACAAAAAGUUGUCAAUUGAGGACGUUGAACAUAAACUUCAACAGUUAUUAAAAAUGCCUUCAGUCAAUAUCAUUUCCUUCUGUUUAUUCAGUAAUGAGAUAUUGAGAGAAUGGGAAGAAAACAAUUAUUUACAAAAAAAUAGGAAGAAUGUACCCAUCAAGUAUAUGAAAAGACUUUCAGAAACUGAACAGACCAGACAUUCCCGAACAAAACGAUAUUCCGAGGUGACGACAAAUGCUAAGUACUCAAUGAAUUCACAACUUUUACCUCCAAGAAAUUUGCAAAUAGUACCUCUUAAUUUUGGAUCUUUAAAUAUAUCAUGGAUUCCUGCACAAAAAAACGAACAAUUUAUCACACAUUACGAAUUAAUUUUAUUUGGCCUCAAUGAAAAAUCAGAUAAUCUAUUUAGUCAUUGUUUAAGAACACAUACAAUAUAUAAUCAAACUGGACAUAAUGUUUAUUUAGCUCCAUUAUUUUCACAAAAUCGUCAAGUUCUUAUCAAUGUUACAGCUCCAGCAGAUUAUGCAAUAGUUACUGGAUUACCACCAGAUAAUUUUUAUCGUGUACUUUUAUUUGCUGUUGGGAAUUCAAUGAGAAGUUCACCGGCUACAAUGCCAUCAUCUCCACGAGUACCAGCACUUUCACCACAAACUCCACCUGAAAAUAUUAAAAUUACUUCACGGGGAACUCAGAGUGUGAAAAUAUCAUGGAGUCCACCAAGUGAUAUAGACUGCACUGGAGAACUAAUGAAUUAUGUGAUCAACAUCAACUCUUCUCGUUUAAUAGAGCCUAUAAUUAUUAAAGUUCCACGUUCAAAAAGAAAUUAUGUUGUAGAGAAUCUUAUACCUGGAACAUUUUACAGUGUACAAGUUUCUGCAACUACUCGAGGUGGCUUAGGUGUCCCAUCUAAAGCUAUACACUUUCAAACAAGUGGAGAACUUCCAAAGUUAGAUUCAGAUGAAUUAGAAGGCAUAGAAAUUCCUGAAUCUAAAUUGGCAUCAAAUAUUGACAGUCAAAAUGUAGACUUUUUUGAAGACGAAAUAAAAGCUGAUGAUUUGACUGACUCAAUUCAACAGGCUAACAAUCCACCAUUUUAUGUGUUACCUUCAAGGAUCCAUAAUCUACGGGCGACGGCAACUCAAACAUCAAUAAAAUUAAAAUGGUCAGUUGCUUUAAGACAAAUUAAUAUGAAUAGUGAAACACAUUUAUUUGAUGAUGUUCACUAUGAAUAUACAUCAUUAAUUAAUCCAAGACAUUUAAUCCCUGUCCCAAUCAAAAAUGAGAAACAUGAGAAAGAUAUAACUGGUUUGCUACCACCAGGAACAAAACACAUCAUACGUUGGGGUGAUAUGCAUCCCGGUCCAUCCGAGGAUAGUGUAAGAGGUGAUCGAACACAGUAUACAAUUGAAAAUUUAAAACCUGGAACGAUUUAUUACAUUCGAGUUAUAUCUGUUACAGAAGGUGGAGAUGGUCCCGCUGCCUACACUGUUGUAAUGACACAAGACUCUUCAUCAGCAACAAAAUCGACAAGUCAAGGUUUACUUAUCCCUGUAAAUUUAGUAGUUCGGCAACUUGGCUCUACAUGGGCACGUGUUGGAUGGGAUAUGCCAAGUGUUCCACAAUCUAUUAAAAUGUCUAUCAGUGGAUUUCAAGUGAAGUAUUAUUCAGUGAAGGCUAACACAGACCAAGAAGAAGAAGAAGAAGGACAGGAAAAUGAAAUAGAAAUUACAAAUUAUAUCACUGAACAAUUCGCAACAAAAAGUGUUGACGAAAAGAAACAUGAAUUAAAAUUAAUCAAUAUGACCUUAACAUCAAACCAAAUUCAUGACGAACACUUUGACAUUAUUCUUCGCGAUUUGGAACCUGCUACGCAGUAUGAAUUUGGUGUUCGAGUGUUACAUAAUGAAGUGAUAUUUGAAGAAAAUGAUCCAAACGAUAAUGGUAGAACAGUGAAAACAUAUUUCUGGAGUAUGGUUCAAGGAUUUGAAACUUUUGGUAAAAGUCCAAAGGAUGCACCGACAAAUAUUCGACUAUCCAAAUUAAGGUUAACUAAUAAAUUGCAUACAAAACUUCAAUUGUUAGAUUUCUCAACUAUACAAACUUCCUCAGAUGCACUGAAUAAUGAUAUCAUACAUGAUCAAAACAAUGAUAAUAGUAAUGAUAAUAAUAGGCCUAGUUCACAUUUCCUAGUCACAAUGUUUAUUAAAUGGGAUCCACCAACUUAUCCAAAUGGAAGAAUACUUGCAUCUGCCCUAUAUCUUACUACAAAUAUGAAACAAUCUACAAGAAAAUGGACAGAAAGAUCAGUCAAUGGUGGAAGUACAGAAGCAGGUUUACUAAGGUUAAAACCAAGUACACUAUAUUUUGUGAAAAUCACUUCAAGAAAUCAACAUGGCCGAUCACCAUCUUCAAAUAUCAUUGCUUUCUAUACACCGAAUGCCGAUGGAUCUGGUGGUGGAAUCAUUCAGUUUACAAAAGAUUAUUAUAAUUUAAAUGAUAUUCAUGAAACAUUCGAUAAAAUUCAACCAUUUCCUAAUGAAAAUGAAUUAAAUAAAUUAAUAAGAACAAAUGAUCCUAUUUAUACAACUAAUAAUAAUAAUAAUAAAUUAAUUGAUAUUGAAAAUAUACACUGGAUUAUAUUGGGUGGUGCAAUUGGUUGUGCAUUAGUCAUUAUGAUUAUUAUUACUUUAGCAUUAUUAAUUCGUUGUCGAAAAAUAAAAUUCACUACAAAUUUAACUAAAAGGGUAUCAGAUAAGUCAACAUAUAAUACAUCGUAUUCAGAGCAUCAUCAACAUGAAACAACCAUACAUCGACAUGACUGCUUACAAAAGAAUCCAUCAUUUAAUCUGAAUGAUAUUUGUCUUAAUGCAAAUACACUCGGUAGUUGUAGCCCGACAGAAACUAUAGCUGCUGGUUCCAAUUCUGGUUCAAUUGGUGUUCGCACAGGGCAUUCACUAACCAAUGACCAGUUCAAUCAAAAUGUACGAAUGAAUAUCUAUCCAUCACAUCAUUCUAAUUGUAUACAUUCUGAUUGUAGUGUAAAAAAGAUAAAUGAAACAGUACCAUUGUUAACUAGUAGUCAUUGUAAUUGUGGUGUGUCGAUUGAUACAUCAGCACCAACACCAUCGGGACCAAUUAACUGGAUACCUAAUGUUGGAGCAUUCAAUAUUGGUAUAUCUGGUGGAGGGUGUUUUGAAGAUCGGCAUUCAACAUCAGUCGAAAGUGAUACCGAUGCUAAUAAUUCAAUGAAAUUAAUAAAUAAUUGUCAAGAAAGUGGUAGAAAUUGGCAAAAUGAUAUGAAUUGUGGUAAAUUUAAGUUGAAUAAACAAUUGUCGGCUGACAUGCAUGAGCGUAAUAUAGAGUCACUGAAUGGUAAUAUUAAUGCAUCACGUGACAUGACAUUAUCUUAUCUUGGAUCAAGUGUUCAAAAUUCAAUUAAUUGUCAUGCACCUUAUUGUCAACAAUCACAAUUAAAAAAUAUGGGGAAUCGUAGUCCAUUCAAACCUCCUGGCACGGUAAUUAACCCACCUAAUUUACAAAUGACAUGUUGUACAAAUAAUAAUAAUAAUAAUCCUCAUAUCAAUUUUAAUCGUUCACGUGAUUUUCGAAGUAAUCAAUUAAAUAAAAUGAUUGGAGACAAUGGAUGUACUGGGAGUGGUAGUCUUACAGAUGAAGUGACUGCGUCUUCACCAGGAAGUAGUGCUACUGGACGUACACAUGGUUAUUUAAAUGAAAUUUCUUCUUCACCAACAAAUACAAGUUUAAAUUUCAAGAAAUAUAAUAGAGUUAUUGGAAAAUAUGAAGAUGAAGAAGAUAUUAAUGAUGAGUUAAAUAUUAACCGUGAUACAGGUUUUAGAAAUUAUGGAAGUAAACAUAAUGGACAUGGAACACAUCAAAAGUUGUCUGUAAAUACAUCUGUUGAUCAACAAAGUUUAUCACCAUUACCCCCAAGGAAGUACAGCAAUAAUAAAAAUCAAAUUCUAUCGGAUAGUCAAGGUGAAAGAUGUCAAACUCAUGGAACAGGUAUAUCAACUCGAAAUAAUGCUCUGAGUUCCGACUAUGCUUCACAACAAAGUAGCUUAAGCAAUAAGUCAAGUGAAUCAAGUGCGACAAAUCAUGGUUUUUCACCGGAAAAGCAUGUAAACUAUCCAAAUAAAGUAAAACUGAUAGAUAUGAAUACAAAUGUACAUAGUGUUGAUGCAUCAUUCGUAUUAGAUCGUGUACCGACACCGGAACCGCAACAUCGAUCAGGACAAUUUGCAAGACUAAUGCAAUAUAAAUUGUCCGAUCAACCGAUUAAUCGAUUACAAAUACUUAAUUUAACUGAUGAUGAUUAUUUAUCGGAUAAAAUAGAAAUUAAAAAUAAAAUUAUGCAGUCGCCGACAAUUAUGAAAAGAAUGACAACAACUACAACAACAAUAACAACACCAACUAAUACUCUUUCUUCAAACACUAUUACCUAUAGUACUGUACAGAAUGUAUUUUCAACAAAAUCAAAUUAUGGUUUAGAACUUAAUAAACAUGAUAGAACUCCAGAUACACCAGAUAGCAUUUCUGAACAGGAAAUGAUGAAAGGUUUCAGUACAGAAGAAUUAAAUCAAGAAAUGGCUAAUCUAGAAGGAUUAAUGAAAAAUUUAUCAGAAAUUACACAGAAUGAAUUUACAUGUUAA